AGUCUCCACAGUGACAGCCACAUACUGUGCGUACUACGACCCAGACCAGCGGGCCCAUGACUACACAUAUGAGGAUGAUGUGGAUGACUAUGGAGAACCCAUCCCACAAGACGAGGUCCUGGCUGACAACAAGACCAUGAAGUGUUCCCAGGACAAGGACAUCUGUUUCGCACUCUGGGAGGCUCCUAUGGGGGGAGACCAGAUCAAGAUACUCAAACAAGGUUGUUGGAACCACCCCGGUAAGGAGCAUGCCUGUGGAGAGCCUGAGUGCUUCACCCGUGGCCCCUCCCCGCCAUCCAUGAACAAAACCAAGUUCUGCUGCUGUAAGGGGAACAUGUGUAACGGGAAUGUGACAGACCUGUACGUUGCUCCUGUUACCAGCGCACCACCUUACCCCACUCCAGCAUACGCCCAUCACAGUACCUACAAGGAGGAGACCACCAUCAUUGUGAUGACUGUGGUGUGUUCUACAGCCAUCAUUAUCUCAGCUGUCUACUUCCUCAUCAGAGUCUGGCAUGGGUCCCAGAGUGAGGUCCACCACACCAUGCACCUGACAGACGAUAUCUCCAUUACUCCUAGUCUGGACAUGGACAAUCUAAAACUGCUACAAGUUCUGGAUCGUGGUCGAUAUGGAUGUGUCUGGAAAGGUUCCCUGAAUGAGAAAGAAGUGGCGGUAAAAGUGUUCAACCCCUGCCAUAAGCAAAACUUCCUGAAUGAGAGAGACAUCUACACAACACCACACAUGGAACAUGAGAAUGUCAUCAGGUUUAUAGGUGCUGAGGAGAGAAUUGGUAUGGAGGGUACAGUGGAGUACUUACUAGUGAUGGACUACGCCCACCAUGGUUCCCUGUACCACUACCUGAAGACCUACAUGGUGAACUGGACAGGCAUGUGUCGGUUAGGUCACUCCCUGGCCAGGGGACUGGCUCACCUGCACUCUGACUUUGUCAAAGGAGGUGAGAGUAAACCAGCAGUUGCCCACCGUGACUUGACCAGUCGUAACAUCCUGGUGAAGGCAGACGGCUCCUGUGCCCUGUCAGACCUGGGGUUUGCCAUGAGACUGACUGGCAACAGGAUCUGUAACCCUGGGCAGGAGGACACAGCACACAUCACUGAGGUGGGUACAGUUCGCUACAUGGCCCCGGAGGUGCUGGAGGGAGCAGUAAACCUGCGAGAUUUUGAGUCAGCCCUGAAGCAGGUGGACAUGUACGCAGUAGGACUGAUUCUGUGGGAGAUAGCCACCAGGUGUCAGGAUCUGUACAUGGGCCAGCCAGUUCCAGACUACAUGCAGCCGUUCCAGGCCGAGCUGGGCCAGCACCCCACGUUUGAGGAGCUGCAGGUCAUCGUGUCCCGGGAGAAGAGACGGCCCCUGCUGUCUGACGCAUGGAGGGAGAACAGCCAGGCUGUGAAGUCGUUAAAGGAGACCAUCGAGGACUGUUGGGACCAGGAUGCCGAGGCCCGGCUCACAGCUCUGUGUGUGGAGGAGCGCAUGGCAGAACUCAUGUCCAUGUGGUCUCGAAACUCAACGGUCAGCCCCACACUGAACCGCACGUCUACUGGAGGCUCGAGCGCCCCACAGUUCCGCUGGAGCAGCCUCUACAACGAGAACUCCUCCACCGAACCCUUACACAGGAUGGGCUACCUGCUGGACACGUCAGAUGGCAGUACCUCGCGUACAGAGAUGAUGGACGUAAAGGACACAAACGUUCAUGUUAAUACUUACCGUGGGCGGCAGGAAACGUCGGCAAGCUCGUGUAGCGAUCCUCCCUUCAUGAGCAGCAGCCGGUACCAGAGGAUAGCAUCUCCCAGCACAGUGAGCACUAGUCUGUCCACCAACCCCAGUCUUCUGUUAGAGAUGGAGUCAACGAACUCUCUCACCCCCUCUACUACUACUACAACACUGUCUGAACACACCAACACUGCUGCUGAAGAUCUAUUAGGAAACUAUCCUGAUCUCAUCUCUGGCACUGCAAACACGACCACCCUGAUAGAAAUGUCAGAAACUCUGGAGAAGCAUACAACCGACCCAAAGGCACCCAACACCCAACCCUGCCGCAAAAACUUGAACGAACUGCCUAAAAAACGCUCCAUGGACAAGUACGAGAGAAACGAGCGCGCUCGCCAUAGCAGAAACUACAAUGUGAACAUCCACACUAGCGACGAGAGUCUAUCGGGGUCGGUGGACCAUAUGACAUGUAAGGCACCCCCUAACAUGAGUGUAGACAGGUUGACUCAUGAAGAGGAUUUGCUAGUGAAGCAUAUGCUCGCAGAAGCGGAGAUGAACACUCAGCAUCUACAUCCCAACAAGCAAGGGCCGCUUGCGAAGCACGAAAACGUCCCGCAGCGUCCCACAACGCUGUCAAUCAACACCGUAACAGCUAGGCCAGAAACGCUGGUCAAAGCUCCCGUCGAGAGCAACCAUGCGAGAGGUAGAGCAGCCCCUGCAGUCAGCCAGAGUAGCCAUUCCUCCCAUGAUGCAGCAUCUAAUAGUAGAUGCAAGAAAGCACAGGCGGAACAAAUCGAAAUGGGGAUAGCAAAGCUUGAAUCCAACGGCCACCAACCGUCAAAGAUCAAAAUGAGUCCGCCACGCACUCACAACCGAGACAGGCCACCAAAGCCAGCGCACAGAGUCGACACAGAAAGCAGCGCUAGCAGAGAGAGCCGCAGUAGUGUAGCUCCAAACCAAACAGUUCCAACUGACUCUACCACACAACCCAAAAGCCAAGCACCACCCCAUUCAGCAGAGACAACUGCGAAAUCCAAACCCACCAAAGGUGGUGCAAUGCAGCGGGCGAACAGUCUGGUUUUGCCAGACGAAACUGACGCUGGCAAGUGCCCGACGUCACGUCGGCCUCAGAGACCAACAUCGCUCGACCUGAGCUGCUUCCAACAAGGCCAGAAGGAGCAGCCACCGCCGCGCGCCGUCAGCGAAAUGUCUGGCAUGGACCAGGUGGCACUGGAAGAAGGAAGAGAAGGAGGGAAAGAUCCGAGCGCGAAGAUCAAGAAACGGCCGAAGACGCCGUACUCCCUUCCCAAGAAAGGCCUGAUGAGUUUUUCUGUUUUCACUCCUCCAAAAGAGAAAAGGGCAAACAAGUCUGCCUGUAAGGUCAACUAUGUGAGCGGGAAAACCAUCGUAAGUGUACUAAAUGAAAAUAAGAAAACUGGGAAUGGUACAAGCACAGGAGAGCAGAGGCUUAGCAAUGGUACGACGUUGCCAGCGAAACGUGAGCUCUAUACAAGAAACGGAGAGACCUACGGCUCGCAAGAGAACGACAGAAUGUUCAAUGGUCUGUCAGGCAGAGGACACCAGUUAGAAAUACUGGACAAUGGAAGCCGCAUGGUCGACAACGAAACACAGCAAGCAUUUGUGGUAUCCUGUGUGUAA